UUCGCGAGGCGGGAGGACGGCGAGGCAGGGUCUCCUCGUCCCCAGUUGCCCGGAGUGGUGGCGCGGUGGCCCCGGUUGUCCUCUUGGAGGAACCUACCACCCGAAAAAUGAGUCCUAGUUUGUUUUCAGGGUAUUCCCGGAGGGCCCUACUGAGGUUCUUGGCUUAUGCCAUCGGUGGGCUUUCUGUGGAGUUUCCCCUUAGAUGCGAGGGUGUGUGCGUGCAUGCGUGCGUGCGUGUGUGUGUGUGUGUGCAAACCCCUGGAACUCGCUGGUAAACCCCUCGACAGAAUUAGUCUGUCCCCGAACGAGCUGCAACUAUUGUUUUGAGAGCAGUUGAAAGGCGAAGGGAGGGGAGAGGGCACUGCCACUUUAAAAAUGGGGAAGUCCGCCCUCCUGAGGUAAUGGUAACCUCAGCCUCCUCCCCUCCUUCUGCGAGAGAGAGAGAAAACUUGUUUUCAUUCAUAACUUUUUCCUUUUCCUUCCUCUCCGUCAACUAUUUAUUCACCGCUUCUCAGCUCGGAUUGCAGAGGGCGCAGCUCCACCGUCGUAACUUGCAAGGUGGCGACACGUCUCUGCUGCCCCUGCCUCCGGCUUAUUUCUUCCUGGCCUUUCGUGAAUCAAGCUUUUUUUUUUAAAGUAUAGACAGAUUUAUUUAUCAUCAUCCAUUCUGUGGGGUGCCUUUUGGCACCUGCGUUAAGUCUGAAGGCUCUUCAUGGUUUGCAAAAAACCUUGGUGGGAUACGCAAACACUGUUGGAAACCCACGGUGAUCCUUAGGAUGUGAUGGAAUUGUCCGAAAAGGAUUUCAGAUGCAUGCCAGGUUCCUACUGAUUGCCAGAAUUCAAGAUCACUACACAUGGAUCCCCAAAAUCAACAUGGCAGUGGCAGUUCAUUAGUUGUGAUCCAGCAGCCUUUGGAUAGCCGUCAGAGAUUAGACUAUGAGAGAGAGAUUCAGCCUGCUGCUAUCUUGUCCUUAGACCAGAUCAAGGCCAUCAGAGGUAGCAAUGAAUACACAGAAGGGCCUUCAGUAGUGAAAAGACCUGCUCCUCGAACAGCACCAAGGCAAGAAAAGCAUGAAAGGACUCAUGAAAUUAUACCAAUUAAUGUGAAUAAUAACUAUGAGCAUAGACCUACAAGCCACCUGGGACAUGCAGGACUAACAAAUAAUGCCAGGGGCGCUAUUUUGAGCAGAUCGACCAGCACUGGAAGUGCAGCCAGUUCUGGAAGCAACAGCAGUGCCUCCUCUGAGCAGGGACUGUUAGGAAGGUCACCACCAACCAGACCAGGCCCUGGUCAUAGGUCUGAAAGGGCAAUCCGGACCCAGCCAAAGCAACUGGUUGCGGAUGACUUGAAGGGUUCCUUGAAAGAGGACGUGACACAGCACAAGUUCAUUUGUGAACAGUGUGGAAAAUGCAAGUGUGGAGAAUGCACAGCUCCCAGGACCCUGCCAUCCUGUUUGGCCUGCAACCGGCAGUGCCUUUGCUCUGCUGAGAGCAUGGUGGAAUAUGGAACCUGCAUGUGCUUAGUCAAGGGCAUCUUCUACCACUGCUCGAAUGACGAUGAAGGGGAUUCUUAUUCAGAUAAUCCUUGCUCCUGUUCACAGUCACACUGCUGCUCUAGGUACCUGUGUAUGGGAGCCAUGUCUCUGUUUUUGCCUUGCUUACUCUGUUAUCCUCCUGCUAAGGGAUGCCUGAAGCUGUGCAGGGGCUGUUAUGACUGGAUCCAUCGUCCAGGGUGCAGAUGUAAGAACUCCAACACUGUCUAUUGUAAGCUGGAGAGCUGCCCCUCCCGGGGUCAGGGUAAACCAUCAUGAUUUUUGGAGGUGGGUUGAACCUCCUGAACGUUUAGCUUUCAAGUUGUGGCUGUUAAAAAAAGAUCCUAUUAGAUACUGGUUUUAUUUUCUUUAGCAUUUUUCCCUGUUUCCCAUCUUCUCCUCCCCUGUUCCCAAGGUUUGACUCAUGGAUUUUACUCUUCUCUCAUGGAUGAUCUUCAGUGAAAGUGGACUGUGAAACUGUAUCUGGCUCCCACUUACUACAAGAGUCUCUGCCAUCCACUUGAGAGCCAGUGGGCUUUUGUGCAGCCUUUCUAUUCUGCAAGCAACUCUCCACAAAGUUGUACACGUGAACACACCCACACCCACACCCAGACUACAAUGAUUUAAAGUUGUUUUUGGUUGGGUACUGUGGGAACACGGAAAUUGGUUUUUAAAGAAGCAAGCAUUUAAUUGCUUAAAUAAGCUAUGUAUUAAGUCUGUCUCCAGUUAGGGCAAUCUUCAUAGAAUUGGACCCUUAAGUAGCAUGGGGGAUAUAUUUUUGCUAUAACAUAAAAAUUUUCCUUUAACCACUGCCCUUUCCUUCUUGCCCCUCAAUGUUCUCUCCCUUCAGUUUUGGCAUUAUCUUAUUCUAGUGAUGCCAAUUUUUUUGUUUUCUCUUUCUAUGUAAUUUUCGAUUGGCUUUACAGUGUAAAUCUUCACAUUGGAGAUAUAUUGGUUGUAUCUUGCUCAUUCUUAUUCUAGCUUUCAUGUUUGUGAAGGACUCAACUUCCUUCCACACCUCACACUCUCCACCAAAUUUCUGUUGUCAUUGAGGGCACUUGGAUAAUGGAUAUUGGUAUUUAAGCUGAUGACUCUGUAGAUGUCACAGAACUGUGCUGCCUAAAGUGAUCUUGGCUCGUUAGCGGUCUUUUUGGCCCAUUGGUUAAUUAGCAGCUGAGUAAUUCUGAUCUGUCCUGUGUUUUCAUUGCCUUAACCACGAGUUGUGGUGCUUUUUGUAUAUUUUAUGUAUAAAUCACAAAGUUGAAUUCUGACUAUUUUUAAGACAAAAGUCUGUUAAACUUUUUUAUUGUAAAGAAUAUUUAUUAUGCGAAUCUCUAUUAUUUUAUGAUAUUUAUUGCAAAAGACUGUUGAAAUGUACUCAUGUCUGAAUAUAACAAAAUAUCAAUACUUAACAGAAAAUAAGGUGACACGAAGAAAGUACAUACGUUAACUAUAAUGCAGAAAAUAUAUUAAUUAAUGAAACUGUC